AUGGCUAGUUGCAGGGCAUUAUUAGCGGGCCGAAAUUACAUUUCAAGUGUAGUUUUUACUAAUCAAAAGUGCAAUACAACAUCUUCCCAAUACCAGUCUCACAGUACCAAUAACUCACGAUACGUAUUUAAAAAAGCAUUUUGUGAUAUCAAAUUGAUUCAUGGUUUUCAUACGGAAUCUAAAGAUACGAUCAAGUAUGACUGGAAGAAUGCUACUUUGGUUGUCGUAGGCGCUUGUAAAGGCAUCGGUUCCCACAUCCUAAGCAUGGCUUUGAAUGAAGGUGUCGAGUCUGUAACAAACUUGGACAUAAAUGAGAAGGCUGGUUUAGCAUUGCAAUACGAAUUGAAUCAAAAAUAUAAAGACAAAAAUAAAGUGAGAUUCUUCAAAUGUGACAUCACCGAUGAAAAUCAACAUAUUGAAACUUUGGAAAAUGUUAUGAUGGAUAAAACAAAGACCUAUGUAAUAGUCAAUAAUGCUGGUUUAAUAGAGCAAAACCUAGAUUUGAACAACGAAUUAAUUGAUAAUAAUGUGGUUGCUUUAGUUACCAGUAGUGUAACGGCCUUAGAAUUGAUGCGCAAAGAUGAGAAGGGCAGUGGUGGUGCAAUUAUUAACCUUUCUCCAGUGUCCAGUCUAUGUCAUUUGCCAUGUCUUCAAUGCUACAAUGCUACUAGAAGUUCCAUUUUGACUUUUAAUUUAAGUCUUAGCUCUGAAGAAUUUUUCUCAAAAACUGGUGUACGUGUAUUGUCCAUAUGUUAUGGUGCAUCUGAUGAAGGCCUUGUUCCCAUCGUCAAUGCUAAAGACAAGGCAGAAAUCGAAAAUGCAAUGAUGGCCAUGGGGAGUUUACAUAAGAAAGAAAUAGCAGGAGCGAAAGCCGUAAUUGAAAUAUAUAAAACUGGCAAGACUGGCAGCACUUGGCUUUCAAAGGAGAUACAACCAGUUGAAGAUAUAACAGAGUUCAUCAAAAACAUUUAUAGUGAUACGACGGACAUACAAUGGUAA